CGUCAACAUACGUUAUUUGGUAGCGUUUGGUCUUCCUUGCGUCGACAUGGUGAUUCACAUCUGCAAAAGACUCACGUAAAUGGUAAUAUUGGUGGCGGACCAGGUGAUAUGCAAAUGAGAUCCGAUGAUUUAAAUUUAGAAGGCGAUUACAUCUAUGAUUCCGUGCAUUGUAGUGUGGCUGACGGCAUUAAUCAUUUAACCAGAAACUUAAUGCAGACAAGAGUUAAUCAAAAGUUGACAAUUGCCAUUAACGGCGUAAACAAUUUGAAUAACAACAUGAGCGAUAUAAAGGCUAAUGAAGAGUUGCGUUCUUAUAGCGAGGCAAUUUCUAUGAGACCUCUAAUGAUGAAAAGUGGUGCUGGAAGUGUUAGUGGUUUGAGCCCAACAUCGAUGUUAGAAUCUAACGAAGGUUGUCUCGGAUUUUUGCUCAUAUCUCCGUCAUUUA